GAGGCGGUUGCUUCCGGAAGGUAGAGCGGAGAUUAGUCGCGCAGAUUAGACGUUACAUUUCUGUGUAUAUUUUGGGAGCCGUGACGCUCGAGUGAACGACGUACACAUAUAUAAUACACACAUAUACAUAUAUAUACACGUUCAAAGAUAGAAGAAAUGUGCGAUACGGAGAGAAGGCGUCGUAUCCCUUGAAACGUCGAAUCUAUCGAGAUGAUUCUUUCGAAUCUUCCCCGAUAUCACUGUUCGAGAAUGUGCACGGAACGGAAAUAUUUUCGUGGGACGAGGAAGGAGGAAGGAAGGCUGGCGUGAAGAGGAGAUAAAUAAACACUGUUUCGUCGGAUCCCGGGGGCAUGGAGGCAUUUCAUCGGGAUCAUCGCGGCAAGGUGAGGGCGCGGAGGGGGGAGGAUGGAAACGUGGAGGGGGAGGGAUUGGUCGAAAGGAUCGGGGAUGGCGCGCAUCGGGGCUCGACGACGGUUUACGAGUCCGAUUCGAGCGGUGAAAGUGUUUACGAGGGGGGGAGGGGGAAGGAGAGGAAGAAUUCGAGCGUGGUGGCCGGGUCCACGACGGCUUUCACGAUAGACAAUAUCCUUGGGAGGCGUGAGAAGAGGAAGAAGAGGAAGAAGGACGUGGUUGGGGUGCGCCUGGAUACGAAUUGCCCCGAGGGGGGCAGGGAAGAGGAGCAGGAAGAGGAGGAGCAGCAGGAGGAGGAGGAGGAGGAGGAGGAGAGAGUGGAAGGGAGUCAGUUUAUCGGAUCCAACGUCGUAUCGGCCACCAAUUCGGGUUUAUAUCCAGCGGCAGGAUUCUCCUACACGGAUGUGACCACCCUCGGCUCCCCGGAUCCCGGUUACUCGGCGACGUCCCUCGCUUCCGCGUCCAUCUUGUACAACAGUUGGUUCGCGCAGUCGAAACCUGGCCAACUUUUCGGCCUGCAAGCGCCUAAGCCGAGCGGGAGACGGUCCAGGAAGCCGGGCAUCGACAGGAAACCGCGGCAAGCGUACAGCGCGAAACAAUUGGAGAGGCUCGAGGCCGAAUUCAAGAUCGACAAGUAUUUGAGCGUGAGCAAACGGAUGGAGCUGUCCAAGUCGCUAAACUUGACCGAGGUACAGAUAAAAACGUGGUUUCAAAAUCGUCGCACCAAAUGGAAGAAGCAGCUUACCUCGAGGUUAAAAAUCGCCCAGAGGCAAGGACUUUUCCCGCCGACCUACUUUCCACCUGCACAGUAUCCCCUGUUACCCUAUUACACAGCGCCACUCGUCUUUGGAACACCAACGUCGGACGAUAUGAACGCGAUGACGAUGACGAUACCGCCGCGACCGGUAUCGUCGUCCGAUACUUUAUAAAAGGAUAUAUAUAUAUGUACGAUCACUCGCGUCGUCGCAGAGUGACGUUCAAUAGGACUCUCCUAUAUUUCCUGCAUGAUCUCGCGAAAGAGCGGUGAGUGAGAGGAAUUAUAUUACACUCGAUGAGAAAAACAAAAGUUGGUAAGGUUAAAAGUAAUAAUUUCGUUUUUUGAUACCAUACUUUCAUAAAUUUAUUCUGAGUGCGUUUAUUGGAUCGUAUUCAUUAUUGGAUAUUUGAUCGAAUUGAUUCACGAAUUAAUUAAUAACUUUCGACACGCACAAUACGAUACUUUGCUUUAAAGCGUCUCCCGUGCUGUUUAUAUAUCGCAAAUAACAUUAGCUUGCUUUACGUAGAGCGUAGAAUCGCGCGCAUUGUAGAGCGGAGAAUAUCUAUAUUUUCUUUACGUGUUGAAGAUUAAGACGAUAAAAGUGCGUUUCCAUCGACACAUCCCUCGUUUGUAAUGCGGGACAAGGAGAGGAAAUGGUAGGAGAAGGACAGAGAUAAGGUAAAAAUACCGAAAUCAGCGCCAUCUUCAGAGUGCCGUAAAUGAAACUCAAUAUGUAAGGACAGAAAAUAGUUGGAGAAGGAUAGGAAAUAAGAUAGAAUCGACCGCCAGCGCCAUCUCUCGGUGCCGUAGAUAUCUCCUCAAAAAUCGUGCUUCUGAAAAUUCUUCCGAGGUGGCGCUGAAUCUAAAUUCUCGCCUACCUUAUCCAACUUUUAAAAAGAUCUUCGGCAAUCGAGAGAUGGCGCCAAUAAUCAAUUUUAUUCCAUCUUUACCUAGUGUUUUUUUGUAUCCUAGUAUAUCGAGUUUUAUUCGUGAGAGUCUAGAGAUGGCGUUCAAUUCGCUAUUUUUACUCUAUUUUCGUUCUUGUCGAAUUAUUUCCUCUUCUAUAGUUACUCUCGUGAUAUUACAUCGAAUAUGGAAUAUCGAAUACGUUUUCUUUUUAAACGAUACAUCUAAUAUGUCUUAAUCUUUGAUAUAAAAAAAUAUGGAUGUUACUUUCUCGACUUUACAAUGUAACUUUAAGACGACGAUCUCGCAAAACAUAAUAUUCUGAUAUACGUGUGAAAUAACAGUGAGCCUAUCUUACUUUACGUUAUCAUAUUUUAUCUUACGCUAUCGUUAUUUUAUGCAACGAAAAAAAACGUAUUAUAUAUACAACGUAUUUCUUUACUGAUAAUUUUCGCUAAUUAGAUAUUCGAUUGUAAAAUAUAAAUUUAUGUUGUCAAAAAUGCAUAAGAUAAAAAAAUUUUGUGUACAUAAGUUACGACUACGUAAUAAAUAGAAAUUUUAAAAAUUCUUUGCUCUUCCUUAAUCUUUACAAUGUAUCUGUUUCAUAUUAAAGGAUAAGAGUUUAGAAAAGAAUAGAAAAAUAUCGAGUAUUAUAAAAAUAAUGUUUGAU